AAAUAUUCCCAUUUAGUAUCUGCACCUGUGAUGAAGUUGAGAGGCAAUCUACUCUAUGGUUUAAUAUCAACACUUCACUGACCGAACCAGAACAUGAUGCAAGAAAUUGAGAAAUUAAUACUUACACAUUUCUGGAAAGCACCGCAACCAUCAUGAAACAACACCAGGGACCUGUUUGGACUUGUGAAGAAAGGAACUAUGUGGAAAGAAAAUUCCAGAUAAGCAACAGGAAUUUGUUCAAAUCAGAGAAGCUGAACCUCUAAUCUGAAGUCCAUGGCACGUUCCAGGUGCAAUGGAAAGCUGCUAUGUCUGUGUCUCUUGCCUUGUGUGAUGGUAAGUCACCUGUUGGUGUACAUCAUGGUGUCUGUAUUUGUAGCUGUCUCCUACUCCCCUCCUGUACCACAGCUGCCCCUUCAUUUCAUUGCCACCGGAGCCUCUGCAAACUCAGGGGCUCUUGCAUCCCAUCCGGUCCGCCCCUUCUGGAAUCUCAGACUAGAGGAUGGGGCACUAUGGAACCGCCUCCAGCACAUUUGGGAUAGGGAACACAACCCCAUUUUGAGAGGAAACACCACAAGGUCCACAAGUCAAAGUCUUGAUUCAGACCAACCCCUGGAGAUGAUAAAAUCCCAUGCCUGUGAACAAGACAAGGCUUGGGCAUCUCACCUACCUGACUUUAAUACCCUUCCUAAUCAAAUGAAGGAUUUUGUCCUGUCCAUGCACUGCAGGCAUUAUGCUAUCCUUGUGGACCAACCUGACCUGUGUGCAGGACAGGAUUCUGAAACACCAUUUCUUCUGAUGGCGAUUAAGUCACAAAUAGGGAACUUUGAAAACAGGCAAGCCAUCCGAGAGACGUGGGGGAAGAGUGGUCCUAUUCAAGAGGGUGGUGGAGGACGAGGGUGGCUUGUACGCACCGUCUUCCUGCUUGCAAGGCAGGACACUGAGACAGGGCCUCAUCCUGAUUUAAAUGCCCUGUUGAAGUUAGAGAGCAGCACCCACAAGGACAUCCUCCUCUGGGAUUUCAAAGACUCGUUCUUUAACCUUACCCUGAAGGAUGUCCUCUUUUGGAACUGGCUUUCAAAGCACUGUCCUCAGGUUCACUUCAUUUUCAAAGGAGAUGAUGAUGUUUUUGUUAGGACUAAGGCUCUGCUGGAUUACCUAGACCAGAUUAGAGUAGAAAAGACACGUGGAAAUAAAACAAAAGGCCUGGUUGAUUUUGUUGUGGGUGAUGUUAUUGCUAAUGCCUGGCCUAAUAGGCAGCCCAAUACUAAAUAUUACAUACCUGAAAGUUUCUAUAAGGGAACAUAUCCGACAUACCCAGGAGGUGGAGGUGUGGUUUAUAGUGGUGCUUUGGCCAUGCGUCUGCAGGAGGUUUCUCGUUGGGUCAGCUUGUUUCCUAUUGAUGAUGUUUUCCUGGGAAUGUGCCUUCAUAGACUUGGGGUUCCCCCCACUCAUCAUUCAGGUUUCCUCACCUUUGACCUUCCGGAGGAUGUGCGAGAUAAGCCGUGUGCAUAUCAUAAUGUUCUCCUCGUGCAUAGACGCACGCCAAAAGAAAUGUUAACGCUUUGGAAGGAACUCCAGGUUCCCCCUCAUGAGUGCUAGCGUGAAGCAUGGCUGCUUGUUCAAGAAUUCAAAUGAAGGUAAAUGAUACUGAGGGGACAUGGAGUUCAAUGUUAUUUUAAUUUUUACCACAAGGUAUUUUCAUGCCAAUUGGGCAUGUUCAUUUGCAUAAAAGGCCCAGUUUUAUUUGUGAUGUGCUCAGGGCUGUGUGUGCAGUCGUCAUUUUAAUAAGAUCAAAUUAGAAUGGCAAGCUUAAAGUAAUCAUGAUGUUUAUAACAUUGGUAACUUCACACAAGUCUGUUGUUGGUGGAACAGCAUUUGUUCAAUGACAAUAUGCUCACGGAUGAAUGUAUAGUAAACCAGAGCUUUUUUUGUACAUGUAAAGGUUUGUAAUCCAAACACUAAUGGAGUGAUACAAUAUGUCAUUAACAUAAUUCCACAUUGUAUUUAAAAGCUAUGUUACUGGUUGAUGUUUAACAAAACGUUAUUAUUAAGUUUGUUGUGUUUAUUUUUAUUAGACAUAUUAUUUGCAUACUUGGGAUCUAUAUGCAUUUACUGUUCCAUUUCAUUGGCACGUAUGUUCUCUUUUUACUGUUGUGAAAGAACUGCCAAAAAGCUGGAGAUAUGUUUUUCAGGUGUUUCUCUGAAAAAAACGGAUGCCUGAAAACCCUAUUGGCAUUAUCAUCUGGUUUAGGCCUUGUGGGCCUAUUUAUAGCCUGGUGUUGUUGAUGGCAUAAUCUGAAUUGCAACAAUAAAACAAUAAUGGGGAAUAAUGGAAAUCAAUAAUGAACAAUGCAUGAUUUGUUUGAUCGCUAGAAUUUAUUUAAUUAUUUUAUUUUUUAUAUCUUUAUACAUUUAUCUGUUUUAUGAAAUUUAAUUGUUAAGAGCAAUUUUAUGACAUCAAAUGUUGAUCAUGUUUUUUUUACUUAUUAUAAGCUGCAUUUUCCUUGAAUGACUCUGUCAGUGUAUGGUACUGUAUGUUUAAAAUGACUAGUGGAAUGUUCAUUUUCAUGUUUGAUUAAAAUGUGAUCUUCAUUCUCCAAUAUAUGUCUGUAAUCAUGCCAAAUGAAUCAUAUAUAUUUGUAAUUUAUUUAUGUACAGUCAGAUAUUGGAAUAAAAGCUGUUAUUGUCGAUAACCUC